UAUACUAUUCUAACCUAAAAGCAUUGCUUAUUGGUCGAUGUAAAUUGCUCUUCUCCAAUGUAAAUUGUUGAGACAUUAAGUACUAACCAGCAGUGUAGUAUUUUAAGCAGAAUUUACAAUAACUUUGUUAUUUGAAUUAAUUGAUUAAAAUGUACCUUUCUAAAAAUUAAUAUUAACCGUUUUUAAAAGCAAAGGAACCUAGUAUUUACAGUAACCCACUGGAACCUUAGUAAUACAACUGAUUAGUAAUAAAGAUGUUAUCUGCUAUUGUAAAAGAGCACCAAAGCAAACAAGCAGCAAGAAAGGAAAGACAAGAGCAAAAAAGGAAAGAAGCUGUGCAAGCCGCAAGUAACUUGACACAAGCUUUAGUUGACCAUUUAAAUGUUGGAGUGGCACAAGCAUAUCUCAAUCAGAAGAAACUCGAUGCAGAAGCAAAACAGUUGCAACAUAGCGCGACAAAUUUUGCAAAACAAACACAGUCAUGGUUGAAUUUAGUAGAAGCUUUCUCCAGUGCAUUAAAGGAAAUUGGUGAUGCUGAGAAUUGGGCACGUAGCAUUGAAGGAGAUAUGAGAACUAUAGCAACUGCUUUGGAAUAUUCUUAUAAAGCUACCCAAGAAGUACAAGGGACUAGUACUUCUUAAAAGCUUAAAAAUAUAUAUUAUAUUAUAUUAAAAGAACUUAAGAAUAAGUGUUAUUAAAUAUCAUUAUAGAUUUUA